GCAUACAUCGCCGAUUCCAGGGAGCUGCGUUACCUGCUGCAGCACCCGCUAAUCUCGAGUUUCCUCUUCCUCAAGUGGCACCGCCUCUCGGUGAUCUUCUAUCUGAACUUUCUACUUUACUCUCUCUUCACUGCCUCCAUUAUCACGCAUACGCUCCUUAAGUUCCACGAAAGCGACCACACGGGCCUGACUGCCCUCUUCGGCCUGUUCUCUUGGAUAGGGAUUGUGUAUCUCAUGAUCCGAGAGGUCAUACAGCUUGCCAUGUCGCCGCUGCUGUACUUCAGGUCCAUCACGAACCUGAUGGAGGUGGCUCUCAUUGUCUUGUCGAUCCUAACCUGCAUGGAAGCCAGCUACGACAAGGAGACGCAGCGCAUACUGGCCGUCUUCACCAUUCUGCUGGUGUCCGUGGAGUUCUGCCUGCUUGUUGGCUCUCUGCCAGUACUCUCAAUUUCGACGCACAUGCCCAUGCUGCGCGCCGUCUCCAGCAGCUUCAUCAAGAGCUUUGCUCUCUACUCGAUCUUUGUGCUUACGUUUAGUCAGUGCUUCUACAUACUGUUUGGCAAGCCCCAGGUGGAUUCCUCCUCUCCGAAGGACAGCACGCCAGAGCCAGCAAAGGAGGGAGAAGAUGAUGGUCCCUUCAACACAUUCUCCGUGCCCAUCGAGGCGCUCAUCAAGACGAUUGUGAUGCUCCCGGGAGAAUUUGAUGCCGGUGACAUAAAGUUUGACAGCGUCUACACUUACCUGAUCUUCCUGCUCUUUGUGUUCUUCAUGACCAUUGUGCUGUUCAAUCUCCUGAAUGGUCUGGCUGUCAGCGAUACUCAGGCCAUCAAGGCCCAGGCG